AUGCGUCCUACGUUGGCCUCCUUCUGCGUCGCAGCUGCUGAAUUGGCCAUACAUGCCGCCGCAGCUAGCUCCUCUGGAUGCGGCACAAACCCAACCCUCAGCAACGGUCUCAACUACAUGGACGUCAAUGGGCAGCCUCGGGAAUACAUUAUCCAAGCCCCUGACAACUAUGAUGCCAGUACCCCUCACAAACUUGUGAUAGGUUACCACUGGCGUGAUGGUACCAUGAACAAUGUCGUCGAAAACGGAUUCUACGGGCUGAGCUCCCUGGCUGGGGAUGCACCGACCAUUUUCAUCGCCCCCCAGGGACUGGGCAACGGCUGGGCCAACAGCAACGGUGACGAUAUCACAUUCACCGACCAAAUCCUCGAAGCAAUAGAAUCCUCCUUCUGCAUUGAUCAGGACCGCCGUUUCGCCACCGGCUGGAGCUGGGGCGGAGGCAUGAGCUACUCGGUGGCCUGCUCGCGAGCUGACGUCUUCCGCGCUGUUGCAGUUCUUUCCGGUGCUGAAAUCAGUGGCUGUGAUGGUGGAUCCCUUCCCAUUGCAUAUUUUGGUCAGCAUGGAAUUAGCGAUAGCGUGCUGGGUGUCGAGCUUGGCCGCACAUUGCGAGACCACUAUGCUCAGGUGAAUGGCUGUGAUGCUGCGACUCCCCCUGAGCCCGGGGUUGGAAGCGGAACACAUGUUGUAACUGAUUAUACGGGUUGUGCUGAGGGCUAUCCUGUCCAGUGGGUUGCUUUUGAUGGCGAUCACGAACCACUUCCUUCAGACGGAGGUUCUUCGGAUUCUUUUACCCCUGGUCUUAUUUGGAAGUUUUUCUCUCAGUUCUAA